GAGCUAUGAGGAGCGAUGUAUGCAUUGCUACGCUUCAUGAAACGAGAGACAGCCGCAAGUAACGACGAAGAAAGCAGCUGCUGCGCAGUCAUGGCGGGCAUGGGGGAUCCCACUGUGGGAGUUUGGACGGCAUUCUCGAAAGUCCUCUUCACAUGUGAAUCCCUGUCUGUCGACGAAUCGGAGGACCGGCCAACAAUCAGCGACGAAGACCUGUACUACGCUCCAGAAUACGAACGGGAUCUUGUGGAAGCGGUCUGCUACGGUGGCGACUGCCUAGUGGCCUUUGGCUCUGAAAGUCUCCGCACAAGUCUCACGGUUGGACUUCUCAAAGAAUCUGCACCGCGACUAGCCCUUGUUCUAGUCGAGGCAGAAGACGAUGCAUACAAGGAACACUUAGAUAUUCUCUUAUCCGAUAAUGUCAGCUGGAUCGCACAAGCAGACCAAAUGGUAAAGCAAGGCGUCCUGCUCAUGCUACCUGAAACUCUGCUGAGCAUUCUGAAGCAACAAACCAUUACGCCGCACGAGGUUGACGUGCUCGUACUCCGCAAGUUCGAGCAGUACCUGCAACCGGAACAUGAGUACCGUCGUGUCGUUGAAGCGUUCGAGGGCUGCGCAUCCAGACUGCUGUGUCUAGUGGAUGCUCUUCCGGCAGUCAGGACCAUGGAUGACCUCGAGAACUGCUUGAGAACGCUGAGAACACCACGAAAGCUCCCAUUGCGAGCAGCAUGGGCAGCUCGACCGUACAGCAAAGAAUGUUCGCCAGAGCCAGUACUACUGGAAGGUGACUGGGCGGCUCUGGAACACCUCUUGGCGGCCGCUGAGGACGAGCGAGUGAGGGACCUCAAGGGCAUAUUGCGGCGAGAUGGCAUUGUCGCUGCAGUAGCCAACGCUUCACGCAUUAACAGCACACAUCCAGAUCUGCUGGAGUUCAUGUCACGGAGUGAAUCGCAACUCCUGGAACUGCGCGGAGCAGCUCUGCUGAACUUGAGACAAGGGGCAACACUUGUGCUCACUGCUUCGGUAUCAACCCAUGCCAAACUCACACGAUGGCUUAAGCGCAGGGGCGUUGCCAUCGCCAGCUUGUUGCACCACGAAGAGUGGUCUCCUGAAGAAGGCAUCGUCGUUGCCACUCUUGCCGACCUUCCCACUGUACAGCGUUACUCCUGGGAGACGAUUGUUCUCUUUGACCUUCCCCUGGGAUCCUCGUGCGACGGUCUUCUGCAUAAAACCGAUCGUCGAUUCGCACUAUGCACGCAGCCUCAGUGGAACCAGUGGCAGAACACCCUGCUCGUGCACGAUGCCCUUCAGGACCUUGUGCAACGUGUAAACCAAUGAAGAGCCCUCAGCACUGCUACAUACCGGCAAAAUUUACACCAACACGCAAUGGAUCUGUAUUUUAUGUGGUAAUAUAUAUUUUAUUGCCUGUC